UUGAUUAAUGAGCCCCCCGCAAGUUUUAUCUCUUUAAAAGGAGCUCUCACUAGAAGCUCGGUCGUUGCACGGAGAUAGGCGAACAGGGUUGCGGGCCUUGUGGAAGUUAUAUGCUUAAAGACCAGGAAGUUUGAGAACACCGGACCACCGUCUCCAUCCUCACACCUGACACUAAGGCCCGUACACAGAAAUCGCAUAUAAUGAAGUUGGCCGAGAUCGUUCUCUGUAUAACCACUGUCCUUCUUUUGACCUUCACAACUGGAAAUGGCGCUCCCCAGUGGCGACCCCAAGGACGAUUUGGAAAGAGGGUACAAAACAACUUGCCACUUCUUAUAAAUGAAGAUUCAUCAAACCACUCCCCCGAGCCUGCCUCCUCGCCGUAUGAGAUUCCUAUAGAAAAACUAGAGACACACAGUGAUGGCAGCGUCCUCAGGCUCCUCGACAGACUCUGCACGGAGUCCAAUGUCCCUGGUUUCAGGAAAUGUUUAUGGAACAAACGCAAGUAAGACGCUGAGUCAUCAACCAUAGCUGCGACCGGAAGGGAAAGACCCGUUGUUUCAUACCAUCACAAGCUCUACCCUAAUAAUGACGUAGUUAUGACGUAGACAUGACGUCAUCCGUACGAGAUGUUCACGUCACUCCUCUCUGACAGUCACAUUCAUGAAGUGUAUUCAGACUCGAAUGAUUCUUCAAAGACACUUUAUCUCUGCUGUUGUCAUUUUGUGAUAAGAUUUGUAUCUCAGGAGAAACUGCACCUAACAGACCGAGAUAGUCCAUUAAAUGUGUUACUAUAUAUAAGUCGUAAGUCAAAGAUAUAUCUAAUGUCCAUAUCCGAAUGCUGAAAAACUUCUUGUGUACUGGCAUGUAGUGUUAACAUUGGGUGAUGGUAAAUACACCAUGCACAAGACAUAGGCCAUACCCACCACAAAGUGCUUCACUCAGUAAAGGAACCGGUGAUUUCUUUAAGGAAAUGGUUUUGGAACUGAAGUGCAUUAUUUGACUGCUACCGAUGUUAGAUUCUGACCCCAUAAGAUUUCAAUGGAAUUUUCAUAAAUGAAUGAAUUAUUACAGAUGUGACCAUAAUUGCCACACGUACUUUUUCCGCGAGAUUAACGCUACAUGCCACUACCACGCCAUUACCAAUUGCCCAGCCAGGUUUUGCUCGGAUAUGUUGCUCUGUUGACGGUAACCAGAUGUGUCCAUGUGAUCAAAUGGCCGCCUCUAUUUCACAGUGUUCUGUUGCAAAGACAAUAAACAUGUGAUGGAUGA